AUGAAAAAUGUAAUCCCUAAUCUUACAUUUAAUGAGGCAGAAUUAUUUGACGAGUUUACUAUUAUUAAAACCAAUUUACAGAAAAACGAAAAGAUUAAAUCUUUUAACACGUUGGAUGAAAAAUGGACCUACGUUUUUCAAAUAGCGGAUAUCGAUGAAGACCUUCCGAAUUUAAAAAUCGUUGUGGAAUUUUUAAUGUGUUUUUUAGGUUCUAAUGCAAAUGUUGAAGGAAUUUUCUCCGACAUGAAUAAAUUGUGGACUGAUGAUAAAAGCCGAUUUGAUGGUAAAACUUAA